AUGAAUUCCCUGUGUCUCCUGAGCUGUCUAAGCUCCACCUGGUUUCUUAUAGUGUACUCACACAUGAUACUGGAGGAAAAGCUAUACACCAAUACGUCUUCUUCCUCGGGUCUACAGCACGGGAGCCUGUCAGAUGCACCACCCAUCGUCAUUGUAGAGUUACCCAAAACCGCAAAGAAGAAAAAAAACAAGAAACCAAGAAAGAACAAAUUCAGCGUCAAAAACAAACAUCCACCUCCUCCCCCCAACUGCGUGCCAUUGUGGGGAAGCUGCAAAACCCCCAAUAAUGUGUGCUGUGAGUACUGCGCUUUCUGCCACUGCCGCCUCUUCAAGACUGUGUGCUAUUGUCGAAUGGGAAACUCGCGGUGUUGA